AUGACAUCUGCCACCCAAUCCACCACAUCCCACACCUCCAAACCCAGCAACGAAGCUCCUCCCCCCCAGCACCUCAACACCUCCAAAACCCUUCCCAUCCACCCCACCUCUACCUCUACCUCCGCCAACCCCAUCCCCCUCGAAGUUUCCAUACCAGACGGUCGCCGCAAUUCCCUCGGUGAAGCCCUGCACUCACCCAUCGAAACGUGGAAACCGAAUCUCCUGGUCAGAAAUCAAAGUUGGAAUCAUCAGGAUCUUAAGAGGUUGCAUGUGGAAGAGGUGUUGAAGAAGGAGGAGUGGAGAAAUGAUGUGGGUGCGAUGGGGGUGGCAUAUAGUCAUGGGGGUGGGGAGGAGGGGAAGAAGUAA